GUUUCAACUCACUCACAGAUCUAUAUAUACAGAAGAAACGAAGUCUUUUAACAUCAUCAACUUACAAGCAAUCUAGAAUCUCUCUCAUUUGUAUCCAUACAUCUUCACAAGCUUCAAGAAUCAAACUUCAAGACAAGAAAAUGGCUUUGGUGAGAAGUCUCUUUAGCGCAAAGAAGAUUCUUGGCGGUUCUUUAGUAAAAACAAGCAAGGCACCGCCAAAAGGGUUUCUUGCAGUGUACGUCGGCGAGAGCCAGAAGAAGCAGAGACAUUUUGUACCAGUCUCAUACUUGAACCAGCCUUUGUUUCAAGAUCUUCUAAGCAAAUGUGAAGAAGAGUUUGGUUUUGAUCAUCCGAUGGGCGGCUUGACAAUCCCUUGUCCUGUAGAUACUUUUAUCAGUAUAACAUCUCAGCUCCAAGGAUGAAGAUGAUGAUGAUCCAACAAAAAUACAUUAACAAUUUUUUUUUUUUACUCAAACUAGAGAUGGAGGAGUAUUCCAUGUGAAUAGAUAACAUUUUUUUCUCCUCUUUCCUAUUUGAUAGAGUUUGUUCUAGACGAUUAGAAAAUUUCGAAUGUGAUUGCCGUUUUUGUAUAACAAAGAUCAAAUCAUUUACAAGUUGCGGUAGCUUUUUGCUUGAUCCAAUUGUUCAACGAGUAUGAAACAAACUAAUCAAAGAUAUCACUUGACGACUUAGCAAUCUAAAUAUCAGUUAU